ACCGACCCAACAACAACCCGCCCAACGACCAGCCAAGAUGGGUGCCCUUAAAUAUGUGGAGGAACUUCAGAAGAAGAAGCAGUCGGAUAUCAUGCGCUUCUUGACGCGUGUGCGCUGCUGGGAGCUUCGACAGCUCCAUGUCAUCCACCGCGCCUCCCGUCCUUCGCGCCCCGACAAGGCUCGUCGUUUGGGAUACAAGGCAAAGCAGGGCUAUGUCAUCUACCGCAUCCGUGUCCGCCGUGGUGGCCGCAAGCGACCCGUGCCCAAGGGCGCCACCUAUGGCAAGCCGACCAACCAGGGUGUGAACCAGCUCAAGUACCAGCGUUCCCUCAAGUCCACCGCUGAGGAGCGUGUCGGUCGCCGCUGUGCCAACCUUCGUGUCCUCAACUCGUACUGGAUCAACCAGGACUCCACCUACAAGUACUACGAGGUCAUCCUCGUGGACCCCCAGCACAAGGCCAUCCGCCGCGAUCCCCGAAUCAACUGGAUCGUCAACCCCGUCCACAAGCACCGCGAGAGCCGUGGUCUCACCGCCACGGGCAAGAAGAGCCGUGGUUUGGGCAAGGGUCACAAAUUCAACAAGACUACCGCCGGAAGGAGGAAGACCUGGAAGAGGCACAACACUCUCUCCCUCUGGCGCUACCGCUAGAUUGGUUGAGUGUGCGAUGGUUCUCGUGGAGGAUUUUGCCCGUACCCGGGUGCAAUGGGAUAGUGCGGCUGGAAAACGGUGUCCUGGGAUACAUAGCGACUUUUCUGAGAUAUGUCAUUUCACGACUAUCCGGGCUUUUCAAAGGCUCAAAAUUCGAAAGAGAUUCGGAUCUCCGAUUGUUUUCUCGUGUCAAGCUUGUGUCCAGAUGCUCAAGUCCCAGGGGCUGCAAGUCCAUCCAAUAUCACGAUCAUCGGUGCCCAGGGACUGCGCUUCCUUGUUUGCUGUCUGGUCUGGUUUGCUUCCCAUGAGGUUUCGGUAUUGAGAAUAUGGUCUAUGGUGAUGGUUUUACAUUCGCAUUAUGUCUUAUAUACGCCUGUGGGCGCUGGGUUGCUGCGGCGUGAAACGCAAGGGCGGGGCUAUCAGUGGACUUUGAUGGCAUGGUAGUGGACACUAUAGACUACAGUGUAUGUUUCGUCAAUCACAGAAUUCCGUCC